CCAAAAUUUCUCCAGAUCCAGACGCGACUCCAUAACGACCACACCUCAUCAUCUCCCAUCAAGAACCACGCGCUUUUGGAGGGGCACACCCACAGGCUGCAUCAUCAAUCAAUCAAUUCCAACAGUCGCAUGUCAUAGGGCGAUCCAUUCGUGCAAUUCGUUUUCUAUUUCGCGCGUCGCGACUUUGAGCUUCUGCGCGCCUUGACAAGAGUUUGGAUGCCUGCCUCCUCCUAAGAUCCAUACAGCCACAAGUCAUCAUGGAGGACCAACCCAAUUACGGAAUUUCCAACGCCGCCUCUCCUGGCAGCAAUCCCAUUCUUUCGCAACCACCUUUGCAACCUGCCGCGCCUGCCCCAGGAGAUGGAGCUGAAGAUGUCCAGAUGACCGAAGGCCCGGUCGCCGAACCUAGCAUCAAGCAGGACAGCGCGACACCUGCACCAGGUGUCACAUCCGACAACCCUCUCGACGCUCCCGAUGGCCCCGCGCCCGAGGCUACGCAGGACGAGGAAAUGGGCGGUGCUCGCGACGAAACAAAGGAUGGCCAAGCAGCAAAGGGCGGCGAUGAAGCUGCAGCUGGAAACGAUGCGGAGGGGCAAGACUCCAAGACCAAGGAGACACUCGAAUCCGCGGCUCGGGAACAUCUUAUCUCGCAAACGCACGCCAUCGUAUUGCCGAGCUACAGUACCUGGUUCGACAUGAACACAAUCAACGACAUCGAGCGCAAGGCCAUGUCCGAGUUCUUCAACAGCCGCAACCGCAGUAAAACACCGGCUGUCUACAAGGACUACCGUGAUUUCAUGAUCAACACCUACAGAUUGAAUCCAGUGGAAUACCUCACUGUCACGGCCUGCAGAAGGAACUUGGCUGGAGACGUUUGCGCCAUCAUGCGUGUCCACUCAUUCCUUGAGCAGUGGGGCUUGAUCAACUACCAGGUUGACGCCGAGCAACGGCCGUCGCACGUCGGACCCCCUUUCACCGGUCACUUCAAGAUCAUUUGCGACACUCCUCGUGGUCUCCAGCCGUGGCAGCCAUCCGCCGAUGCCGUUGUCUCUGCUGGUAAGCCCAGUGCCGAUACAGAAAAGAAGGCUGCGGCAACACCGGCUCCUAAGAGCGAGCUCAAUUUGGAAGUCAGCCGCAACAUCUACGAAGCAAGUGCUAAGGGUUCAAAACUCAACAAGAGCGAACCCAAGACCAAUGGCGAAACGCCAGUGACGAACGGUGUUUCGGGCAUCGAAGAAGCUACCAAGACACCCAUUGUCAAGGUCAACUGUCACACUUGCGGCAUCGACUGCACCAGGCUAUACUACCACAGCUCGCAGGCCGACCCGAACUCCAAGACCAAGUACGAUGUUUGCCCAAGCUGCUUCCUCGAGGGCCACCUCCCAGGCAACCAGACAAGUGCUCAGUUCACCCGCAUGGAAAAUCCCACAUACACGACCGUCCUCGACAGAGACGCACCGUGGAGCGAUGCCGAGAUCCUUCGGUUGCUUGAAGGCAUCGAGAGGAUGGAUGAUGACUGGAAUGAGAUUGCGGAUCACGUGGGUACGCGAACACGCGAAGAGUGCGUCUUGCAAUUCUUGUCCUUGGACAUCGAGGGCAAGUAUGCGGACUCGGACCUUGCCGUGAAUGCCCCGACCGGCCUUGCAAUGCUCGGCCAGCAGGGCGGCCAUCUGCCUUUCAGCCAGGCGGAUAACCCAGUCAUGUCCGUUGUCGGCUUCCUCGCCGGUCUUGCUGACCCUGCCAGUACGGCGGCAGCGGCAAACAAGUCUGCCGAAGAGCUCACGCGCAAGCUUCGCAGGCGACUCGAGGGUGGCAACUCGGAAGAGGCUGUGACCAAUGGCAAGGGCAAAGACAAGGACGGCGACUCAAUGGAGAUUGACAUCCGCCAAGACGUCACAACGACGACGACUACUACAACGACAACGCUGGCCACCAUUCCUAUGGCUACCAUGGGUGCCCGUGCCGCCGGUUUGGUGUCACACGAGGAGCGCGAGAUGACAAGACUAGUAUCCGCUGCGGCCAAUCUCACUCUGCAGAAGCUGGAGCUGAAGUUGAAGUACUUCAACGAGAUGGAAGCCAUUUUGCAAGCAGAGCGGAGAGAGCUCGAGAGAGGACGGCAACAGCUGUUCCUGGAUCGCCUCGCGUUCAAGCGUCGCGUCCGCGAGGUGCAGGAUGGACUCAAGGCGGCAGUUGAGACGGGCGGUGAUCAAGGCCUCAAGCAGGCCCAGGAUGCGAUGUCUGACGGUGCCAACCUCACCUUCCAGGCGGCGCCUGGAGCGGGCGCUGUGCAGCCGUUGAGUAGCGGAGGGCAGAUUAAGAGCUUCGAGGCUUGAUGCGGCUCAUGGCACGGUGUCUCUUCCUCGAAGAAGACAGUUAUGAGAUGGAUCGGGACGAACGUAGCUCUGCGUAUGCGCGGAGAAUGGGGUCCCUGUAUUUUGCAAGGGGUUUGGUUCGGUGAUGACCAGGGAACGGCACAAAUAAUUGUGGUGAAUUGAAAUAGUCUGGAUGAUUUUGGGCGUCGGAGGGAUUCCUAUGGCUCGACGACGUAUUGUCGUUUGUGCAACUGUAUUAGAUACUUACACUACCCGUUUUCUGCCUGCUCUCGCCUUGCCAAUAUCUUGUGAUGUCCACAUCUCAAGGGAACUUUGAGGGCAGUGGUGUGAUUGAGCUGUGUGGUCGCAAAGUGCUUUGCAAGUCUCGUAAUGAGCAAAGGGCGUUGACACAUGCUAGUCUAUUGCUCUGUAGCUGACAUUGAUCUCGU